CGAGUUGAAGAGGAGGACCUCCAUUUGCGUCUUGCAUCCUCUUCCAGCACUGUACAUAUAACACAUUUAGAGUUUUUAAAUGCUUUCCAGCUACGGUUACAGCCCCGGUGCUCAUCUGCCUUGCAGACUACACUGGCCCCGGUGAAGCGCUGCUCCAGCACCGCGAGAGUGACGGUGCUCCGGAACAUCCCAGCCGCCCACUUGGCGACUCUGUGCGGCAUCGUGUGGAGGCGGAGGCGCGGACCGUCCGUCCUCAAGAACUGAGAGCGAGAGAGAGAGCGAGAGAGAGCGACACAGAGAGAGAGACCGAGACAGAGAGAGAGCGACAGAGAGAGAGACAGAGAGCGAGAGAGACACAUUUUAGAGGUAGAAACAACGAACCCGUCUACUAGCUCUAUUCCCCGGUGUGGUUGUACGGAGACAGACGGCGGAAGAGGAGCAUCUCCACUCGCGUUUUACCGAGCAUCCUGCCCAGUUUCCAAUCUGACGCUCUGGUCCUCCUCCCUGACCAGAGUGGACAACUGCACCCUGACGUAAAGAGCAACAUGACCCAGGAGGGGCAGGCUUUGCCGUGGCCCACCCCAUCAGAGAACCCAGCUGAGCACUACCCAAGUAUCAACAAUCUGCUUACAGAGACUCUGAACCAGACAGGGCUAGACAAGCCUGGCGUAGAGGUGAAGCGCCACACUGAGUGGGGAAGAGAAGAAGAGAUCAGUGAAGGUGGGGAGGUAACACAGAGGGAGGCACACGGUAACGCUGAAGGGAGGGCAGAAAUAAAGAGAGAGGGAGGAGAAGAUGAUUUGAAAGAGAGUGCUAAGGUCCGUGAUCAACCCACAGACGGAGGGGAGGAGGAAGAGAGGGAUGCGGCAAACAGGGAUGAAUGCAGAAAUGAUGAGACGAGCUCAACAAGGGAGGAGGUAGCACAUGCUGGAGAUGAGAUGAGAGGAGACGAGGAUGGGGGAAAUCAUGACGGGAUACAACCACACACUGAGGACCAAACAACUCAGCCCCAGCAAGCUGGACGAUUAGUGAAUGGCAUACAUGGGAAUCAAGAGGAUGAAGGUGGUGAAGGGGAGUAUGAAGGAUGCGAGGGUGGGCCUCAUCUACACUUAGACACUUUUAGCUCUGACUUUGAAACCACUGUGGAACAGGCUGACACAGAAGUGGAGGAGGAGGAGGAGGAUGUGCCAAAAGAAGGAGGUGGGAGAAGAAACCAGGACAGUUUCAGCUCAGUGUUUGAGCAGAUUGUUGAGCAGGUGCAAGAGGGAGAUGAGAACGAACAGGAGACAGGCUUGGAAGAAGAGCGACAGAAAGGUCAGGUGGACAACAGAGAUGGCUUCAGCUCCACAUUUGAGCGCAUCGUGGAGUCUGCCUUGCUGAGAGGCGGGACCUGUUACAGCAGUUUGGACUCUCUAGACGUGCUGUCGCUCACCGACGAGACUGACAGCUGCGUCAGCUUUGAAGCGCCGCUGACACCGCUCAUCCAACAGAGGGCUCUCCUACAGGGCCCUGAGCCUCUUGAGCUGGAGCUGGCAACUGUUCAAGAGCAGGAAGGGGCUGAGGCUGGACCAGAUGCUCCAACCGAAAAACACAGGGAAGGGGAUGGUACUAGAGGUGGAGCUGGGGCUGCGGCAGGAGUAGGAGGAAGCCCGCUGAGGACCACCAUACCAGGAAGCAGGUCAGAGUUUGUUCUGAGUCAGCCUGGACGCUGGGCCAUCCUGAAUGGAUACCAUACUGACUCCCAGGAUGCCAUGGAAACUUGUGGAGCCAUGCACAACUCUGUCAGUGACGCCAACCUCACAGACGUGCUGUCUGACUCAGACGAGUGUGAGUUGGGCAGUCUGGAGCAUUUGGAGCGCGGUAGCACCGACAACCUCGCCAAUGGCUGCCGAGCGGACUACGAAGCUGCCAAAAGGCUCGCCAAACGCCUUUAUCACCUUGAGGGCUUCAAGCGCUGCGAUGUGGCCAGACACCUGGGCAAAAAUAAUGACUUUAGUCAGUUGGUGGCGUCAGAAUACCUGAGUUUCUUUGACUUCUCUGGCUUUUCACUGGAUCGGGCCUUAAGGAACUUUUUAAAAGCCUUUCCGUUGAUGGGGGAGACGCAGGAAAGAGAGAGAAUCCUUGUGCAUUUCUCCAAACGUUUCUGCCACUGCAAUUUGCAAACACUCACUUCUGAAGAUGGAGCCCACACAUUAACCUGCGCUCUCAUGCUGCUUAACACAGAUCUACAUGGACAUAAUAUUGGAAAGAAGAUGUCUUGCCAGCAGUUUAUCAGUAAUCUUGAUGGCCUCAACAAUGGCAAUGACUUUCCUAAAGACUUAUUGAAGGUCUUAUAUAACUCAAUCAAGAACGAGAAGCUUGAGUGGGCUGUUGAAGAAGAAGAGCUAAGGAAGAGUCUGUCAGAGCUGGUAGAGGAGCAGUGUGAGGGCGGCAGUAAACGUGUUGGCAGGGUAACGGACAGCAAUAACCCUUUCAUCGCCAUUCCCAUCCUCGUCAAUGCUGUAACCUACAAACACGGAGUGCUGACUCGCAAAAGCCAUGCUGACAUGGAUGGCAAGCGGACCCCUCGGGGUCGGCGUGGUUGGAAGAAGUUUUAUGCGGUUCUGAAGGGAAUGAUAUUGUAUCUCCAAAAGGAUGAAUAUAAGCCAGAUGCUGACAUUUCAGAGGUGGACCUGAAGAAUGCGGUGCGGAUCCACCACGCUUUAGCUACUCGCGCCACCGAUUACAGCAAAAAAGCCAACGUACUGAAGCUCAAAACAUCCGACUGGAGAGUUUUUCUGCUUCAGGCCCCGGGCGAGGAAGAGAUGAUGUCGUGGAUCUUUCGGAUUAACCUGGUGGCAGCGCUUUUCUCUGCUCCAGCCUUCCCUGCUGCCAUUGGCUCCAUGAAAAAAUUUUGCCGACCCAUCCUUCCAUCCUCAUCUACAAGACUCAAUCAGGAGGCGCAGCUGCUGAGUCAUGAGAGCAAGCUGAAGCAGAUGAGCCUGGAGCUGGAAGAGCACCGAAAAACCCCGCCCUCAUCUGACCCAAAAAGCCGCGAGUGGGAAGAGUAUCGGCUCAAAGAGCACUACCUCACGUAUGAGAAGACUCGCUACGAGACGUACAUCAGCCUCCUUGGGGCCAAAAUCCGUACUGAGACAGACGAUCUGGAGAAGAUUGAGGCCAGCGUGUUGGGUGGCCUGAUGAUGGAGGGUGUCCUGGGCGGCCGCGAUUACCACCUCCGGAAAACACAGUCCUCGCCGUCAAUCAACCAGGCUCACAGUGGCUUGAACGGGAGGGGCGCUGGAGGCACUGCUGUGGGACAGAUGAGCUGAGGAGGGAAGUGGACCACAAAGACCACUGCCCUAAAAAUGACCUCCCUCAAAGCCAAAACCAGCGUCAUGUAACAUGUAAUUGGGUUGCCAGAUUAUCGUCUUUAUGAAAUCAAAAUCCUUCCGAGAAUUUAUCAACCCCCGGUGAUCAAGUUUCCUUGAGCAAUAGAAGACCCUCCGUCGACCUCAGUACUGUUGCACAUUGAAAAUGAUCACAACAGUGAUCUCUAUUUAUUACAUCGUCAGUAUUAUUUUUGAAGGCAGGCGUGAUGCGGUUUGUCUUUUGUUGAAAUAUGGGUUUACCUUAGAGCAGAGAGAAUGAGGCCAGACAACGACACAAAUGACGUUCAAGCACGUCUGGUUCCCUCUGUCUGGUGUCCCUGCAGGCAGCGGCUGACAUAGAGAAAGUGGAAAUGGUACUACUGUAGCAUUUUGGCCUUUGCAUUUCACACUCACCUUUGGACCUACAUUUUGGGGUGGAGUGUGGUUUGCAAAGGUGACACUACAAAUCUGUUACAGAAAAAAAAAUACUCAGAAGGAUCCUCCCAAGUCAAACAUAUUUAUUUAUUUAUUUAAUUUUUUCAGAAAUUCUUUAUUGCAGCGAGUCAACACGCUCUUUUUACAACCGUCUCCUUGCACACCCGUAGAGAGCAACGCCCUCAUGGAACUGUUUGCCGGAGGAGCUCGGAGUUGAGUGCCUUACUCACGGCACCUUGACACCAGCUAGUGAGCACACCAUCAACGAGAACUUGAAUCAAAAAGGACUUGAAACAGACCCGACUCUUGCUAAAUGUCUCGCUCUGUGAUUUCUAAGCCGCCGUUACCCCUAAGUAGUGAUACAUAUUUAAAUAUUAUUUUUCUUCCGAGCGUUUCAGAGGAAAUCAGCAUGCGACUGAAUUAAAGCACUAUGUGACGUUCAUCGCUUUCUUGUCUUGAAAGACUGCACUGAUAAUAGUUGGGAGGGAAGUGUCAAAAGAAUUAGAAAUGACCCCUAAAAUAUCAGUGGCAACACUUCCGAGUUCAAUUAGGUCCAGUAGUAUUUUGACAGGAUUUUUGUUUUUUUACAUACCACUGAAAUUGAUUUGAAAUUAUUGUGAUUGAAGUGUAAACUUUUAGAUUUAAUUUAAGGGGUUUCUCUAAAGAAUAUUUAUCAUUCAAGAAUUAUGGUCAGAAUAAUUCAAUUGUCAAUGGCUCAACAUUACUAGUAAAGUAGUAUUUUCAUUUCAGGACAAUAUUUAUUGAUUUUAGAUUUUGAUUAUCUUCUCCAGAGUAUUCGUGACUAUUGCUGUUCUGCUUUUCCCCUCACCUCUUCUUAAAUUAAAGCUGAAAAUAUACACUUUAUUCAUACCAGUGUACAAAGGUAUACAUUCUCAUCCUUAUAAUAUUUUUUAAAGGCUGAGUCAACCCCCCAAAUUUCUUUGUAAUAAUAUGUUCUGUGCAGCCCAACUAAUUGAAACACAAUGUUCUGAUGAAUGUUUUGCUUGUGGAAUAUAAAUUAAUUACCUAUUUUAUCCAUCUCAGUGGGCGGCCAUUUUGCCACUUGCUGUUAACUUCUAAUGACAUCACAGAUGCUCAGGUCUCAGGUUGCAACCAAUCACUGCUCAGCUUCAGAAAACCGAUGAGCUAUGAUAAGGUGGCACCUGAGAACUGGCAACUGUGAUGUCAUUUUAAGUCGAGUUAAGUGGCAAAAUGGCCACCCCCUGAGGCGGAUAAAAACGGGUGAAUUUUGAUACAUAUCUCACAUCCCACCGACGCAAUAUUAAUGAAAUAUCUGUUUAGACAAGUGGGGGCACAUACGGCAUAUUAUUGUAAAAACAAUGGGUUAACUUUGCCUAUAAAAUGCUUACAAGACGUUAAUGUAGCAGAGUCAUUCGCUCUAAGAAGUAUUUGUGCUUUCGGGCAUUUUAGGUAGGAAAACAAAAUCAAGCAGUCAUUUUGCAAAUGAGACAGUAAUCAGCACAAAUCAUCCUUGUGAGAUGGCACUUGUUUAGAAACUAUCCAAAUCUUUCAGUCUUGUGAUUUUCUUUUUUUUAAUGAAAUCUUGUUUUUGAUGCCCUUUACCCAUGUGUACAAGUGUAGCAGCGGGACUGUUCCAAUUUGGCGCACAAACACCAAAGUGUCCGAAGAGUGGCUGGAAAACAAAUCCACCAGCGGAAUAUCCAUCAAAACAUCCUCCACAUGGGUCACACAAAAUUUGUUUUCUAAGAAGCGAACGGUUAGGUUUUCUCAGUAAGGCAAAGCAGACGUCCACCAGAAUAUCACAUUAAGGCUACUUCUCUUGGAGCUUGCAUAAUAUGAGGAGGACAUUGGUGGCUAGAGUGAGUGGUGACGGUACCAAUGUUUGUGAGCACCUUAUUGAUCCCACACAAAUGCACAAACAUGUUUGAAGUAAUUUGCUUAUGACACAACUGUAGAGCUUAGAGCACCUCAAUGAGGCACUUGUUGACUUUUUGCCAGAGCUUUUCCAUGUCCUCAUGAGCUUUCACAUCUUUGCUAUGGUGUCCCACUCUCCUCUUGCUAAAUGGACAGGUUGGAAAUUCAUUUAGGGACUUCACUGGAAAGUUGGAAUCCCAGCUUAAAGUGGAAGGGUGUAUUGUAUCGGGAUAAACAACUUUUUUGUUUUUUAACGCAGACAUGCCCUUGUAGUCAGUUUGGCUGUCGUGCUAAUCGAUGUUCCCAAUGUUAGGGUAGGCCUGUGCUGUAAAAUAGGACUGUGACAAAGUCUUUGUUGAUUGUUGUUACAUUGUUAUGUUAAUUUAAAAAAUGGCAACUUCAGCACUUUGAUGUCAGCGUUAGACCUGUCAUUUUGCUUAGUUUGUAUAUUUGAACUGCUCCCCUGAUGUUCAUACAGUGUAAAAGACAUUUACUGAAUAUUUAGUCUGUGCUUCAUAAAAUAAGGUUUUAUAGAGAAGAUAGUAGUCGUGAUUUACUAAUAUUGGCACCAAAACAGUGUUCUGCAGUUUGGGUGCCAAUGACAUCACUGAUGUACUGUACAUAUUUCUUUGUACUCUAUAUUAAAGGCAUUUUAGAAGAA